AUGGCCGGCAUCACUCAGAUUCCACAUCAUGACGGCUACACGUCCAGAACGUUUAUAUAUAAGACCAUAGACGGUCUCGAGAUAAAAACGGAAGUUGCUUGGCCAGAAACCACAAAGACCUCGGGUCCGGUGCCAGUAUUGCUUCAUUAUCAUGGGAAUCGAUUCAGCUUCCUGCCGUCGUGGCUCAUCGGCUCAUGUGUGUCGAGAGGUUGGAUCUUCGUCACUCCUGAUUAUAGGCUCAUUCCGGAGACCACUGCGCAUUCUUGUCUCGACGACGCGGUCGAUGCAUACAACUGGGUUUUGACCAAGCUGGGCCCGGAGAUCGGGUUGGAUAUUGGCAAGGUGAUAAUCGCUGGGAGCAGCGCAGGUGGCUACCUGGCUCUAGGCACAUCAUGCCUCGUCUCUCCAAAACCACAAGCUGUCGUGACCAUCUACGGCAUGCUCGACUUUAGCGACAAUCGAUAUCUGAAUGAUAGCUCACUCAUAUUCGGAAUGCCACCCAUCGACUCAAGCGCGACCUUGAGGAAACUUGAGGAUCUCCGCCAACAAGAGCGGCCAAAGGUCAUUUCCAGCUCGGAAGUUCCGGUCACCGUGGACCCAAAUGCGGUACCACGAUUCGAAUACAUCCUCGCAUUACAAGGCGAGCGACUCUUCCCGGACUACGUCACAGGUGUACCGGGUAUGCGUCGGGCGAUUGUGGAGAAAGGAAUCGAAGCCAUUCCUCCAGAACACAGGCGCUUGUUCCCCGUCGCUUUCGGAUUGCCGAGUGACUUGCCAUCAUUUCUGGUCCUGCAUGGGCGAAACGAUAGCGCGGUGCCGUUUACAGCAAGUGAGGCUGCGGCCCAUGCCUUGAAAAAAGCAGGAGUCAAGGUCCAGACGGAAUUUAUCGAAGAUGCGGAGCACGGCUUCGACGAUCGUUUAGAGGGAGCGAGUAAUUUGGAUGCACUUCCGGAUGGCGGUGACGAUAGUAGUGCAUCGCAAGUCCGAGCUUUGAAGAAUGUUGUGAAGUUUCUGGAGCAACAUCUAGGGUAA